UGAGAACCUCGAUUCAAACAAGGUACUUACUUUCCCAUCUACUACUACUUUCGCCAACGCUCUUCAUUUCUUUCGCCAACGCUCCAGCUUUUGCAAUUCUCCAAUCCAACAAAGUGUAAACCAUGAAAAGAAAAAAACAUUCAAUUCCCUCUCCAAGGGUUAGCCAAAGAUCCAACAAAGCAAAAGGGAAAGUUGUUGAUGAACUUUGCCCUUACUUUGAUAAUAUUCCAUCUCACAUCACUGUGCAAAUUUUGCUUCAACUUCCGAUUGAGUCUCUUCUCAUUUGUAAGUGUGUCUGCAAAAUGUGGAAAACACUCAUUUCAGAACCACAUUUUGUUAAAUUGCACUUUCACAAAACACCCGUUAGUCUCAUGAUUCGGACAAAAGACCCUACACAAGUGUCAAGAACUCUAUACCUUCUUCAGUGCAACCCUGAAAAGUUUGAGAUUGGAACUGACGAUCAUGUGAAGCUUGAGCCUUUCAAGCUUCCUCUUCGUGAUGCCAAUUCAAAAUUUGGGGAGAAACCAGACGAGAUAAAGAAUAAAUCUAAAUGCCCUCAUCGCGGUAAGAGAUUUGUAUCGGAUAAAAAUGGCGAGAGCAGUAAUAGAGUUAGACAAAGCAAUUAUAUUGUUACCACACCAGACCUUGAUAAGUUUAAUAUUGUGAAUUCUUGCAAUGGCUUGCUUUGUUUGACUGACUUGAUUAUUGGAAACCCUCUAGUGGUUUGCAACCCGGUCAUUGGGGAGUUCAUAAGACUUCCUGAAGCUACUACAACUCAAGUAAGAAAGAAACAACAACAAACUGCACUUGGUUUCCUACCUAAAACUAAUGAAUAUAAGGUGAUAAAAAUGUUGGUUAGUUAUGGUCAACGUGUCAAUGACUGUGAGAGUGUGAUCCUUGAGAUAAACACACUUGGAACACCAUCAUGGAGAAAUGUUGAAGUGGAUUCUCAAGUUUCUAUUCCGCGGCUCAAGUAUCCCACUUGUGUGAAUGGUGCAAUUCAUUGGAUCGGAUUUGAGGGUGGAUUUGAGGACCAGCAAAUGUCUCUAUUGUGUUUCUGUCUAGAAAGUGAGAGAUUUCAAUCAUUUCCUUCUCCUCCACAUGUGUUUGGAAAUCAUAAUAACAGUGUUAACACCUAUAUUACUAUGGGAGAAUUAAAGGGAUUUCUUUACAUUUGUGACUCGACCUUUUUCACUGAUGUUACAAUGUGGGUUAUGAAUGAAUAUGGCAAUGGAGAAUCGUGGACUAAGCUGUACAACACAACAUUAGCCAGUUCUUUGGGGAGUCCCGAUCUGUCACAUUAUCUGCCACAUCAUUGUUUAUGUUUUCCAAUAAAACACUUUGAAGAAGGUGAUUCCGUAUUGUUAUAUCAUUCCUGCAAUUAUUUUAUCUACUAUGAACCUACGAAAUAUGGAUUCAAAGUUUUUCAAAUGCAUGGGUCUGGUUCAAAUUUUGUUGAAAUAAUUCCACAUAUUCCAAGUCUAAUCUCAUUGAAGGAUGUCGUAAAAGUUGACAACAUUGAGGUGCUGAAUAUCCACUCAAGGUGUUCAAAGUUUAAAUUGCACGAAGAAAAUGAAGCUUUUUCAUUGUCUCAAGUUCAACCGAUUGAUGGAGACUUGGAAAGUAUACGCUUAUUAUUUUAUUUUGACUAUGACAUCAUAAAUAUAUCUUCCUCUUCUUCCUCGUCUGAUGGUGUUGGUGAAGAAUCUGGUGAAGAAUCCGAUUGGUGUGCAAAUUUUAAAUUGUGUGAAGAAAAUGAAGAUCUUGAUUAUGACUUGACAGGUACAACUGAUAAGAAGAGGUUUAAAAAAUUGCCACUGCAACAACUUCCGAUCAACUCUACAAUGGCUUCUACCAUGGAUGAGGAUGAGGAUCUUGAUUCUGCAACUGGUUCAAUCAGGUCAAACACCUUCAAUUUCGCCAUGAAAAGAAAAAAGCAUUCAAUUUCCCCUACAAGGGUUAGCCAAAGAUGUAAUAAAGCAAAAGGGAAAGUUGUUGAUGAGGAAGAAAGCCAUCAACUUUGCCCUUACUUUGCUAAUAUUCCAUCUCACAUCACUGUGCAAAUUCUGCUUCAACUUCCGAUUAAGUCGCUUAUAAUUUGUAGAUGUGUGUGCAAAAUGUGGAAAACACUCAUUUCAGAACCACAUUUUGCUAAAUUGCACUUUGAGAAAACACCUGUUAGUCUCAUGAUUCGGACAAACGACCAUAGACGAGUGUCAAGAACGUUAUACCUUCUUGAGUGCGAGCCUGAAAAGUUUGAGAUUGGAAGUGACAAUCAUGUGAAGCUUCAGCCUAUAUUCAAGCUUCCUCUUCGUGAUGCUAAAUCCCUUCUUCACUGUAACAGAUUUGUUUUGGAUAAAAACGGCGAGAGCAGUAAUAGUGGCAGACAAGGCCUUUAUAGUAAACCAGACCUUGAUAAGUUUAAUAUUGUGAAUUCUUGCAAUGGCUUGCUUUGUUUGUCUGACUUGAGUACUGGAAACCCUUUAGUGGUUUGCAACCCAGUUACUGGAGAGUUCAUAAGACUUCCUAAAGCUACUAUAACUCGUUUUAGGUUAAACACAACUCAAGUAAGAAAGAAACUACAAACUGCUCUUGGUUUUCUACCUAAAACUAAUGAAUAUAAGGUGAUAAAAAUGUUGAUUAGAUAUGGUUUCCGUUCCAAUGACUGUGAGAGUGUGAUCGUUGAGAUAAACACACUUGGAACAUCAUUAUGGAGAAAUGUUGAAGUGGAUUCUCAACUUUCUAUUCCGCGGCUUAAGUAUCCCACUUGUGUGAAUGGUGCACUUCAUUGGAUCGGAUUUGAGGGUCAGCAAAUGUCUAUAUUGUGUUUCUGUCUAGAAAGUGAGAGAUUUCAAUCAUUUCCUUCUCCUCCACAUGUGUUUGGAAAUCAUAACAAUAGCACUUAUGGUAACACCAAUAUUACUAUGGGAGAAUUAAAGGGAUUUCUUUACAUUUGUGACUCGACCUGUUUCUCUGAUGUUACAAUGUGGGUCAUGAAUGAAUAUGGCAAUGGAGAUUCCUGGACUAAGUUGUACAAUAUUGAUACAUUAGUCAGUUCUUUGGGCCGCCCCAAUCUGUCACAUUGUGGUUUAUGUUUGCCAGUAAAACACUUUGAAGAAGGUGCUGCUGUAUUGUUAUAUCAUUCCUGCAAUUGUUUUAUCUACUAUGAACCUGAUAAAUAUGGAUUCAAAGUUUUUCAAAUUCAUGGGUCUCGUUCAGAUUUCUUUGAAAUAAUUCCACAUAUUCCAAGUCUAAUCUCAUUGAAGGAUGUCAUUAAAGGAGACAACAUUGAGGUGCAGAAUAUCCACUCAAGGUGUGCAAAGUUUAAAUUGCGUGAAGAAAAUGAAACUCUUUCGUUGUCUCAACCGAAUGAUGAAGACUUAGAAAGAAUACGUCGUUCUUCAUCAUUUUAUUUUGAAAUCAUAAAUAUAUCAUCUGAUGGUGAUAUGUCUUCCUCCUCAUCUGAUGGUGAUAUAUCUUCCUCCUCAUCUGAUGGUGUUUUUUUUUACGGCCUCAUCAUCUGAUGGUGUUGGUGAAGAAUAUAGCAUUCUUCCUAAGAAGAGUGUGCAAAUUUUAAAUUGUGUGAAGAAAAUGAAGAUCUUGAUUGAUGACUUGACAAGUACCUUCCUCCUCUGGUGGUGAGGCAUUUGGUGAAGAGUACAACUGAUUAGAAGGAAUUUGCAUAUAUUAGUUGUGCGACUUUUGAAAAAAUACAGAUAUGGUUUUAGGAUGCAAACAUCUUGUAAACUUUAAUCUAGAUGUUCAUUAGUCAUUAUCUAUGGUUUUACGAAACUGAUUUGUUAUCUUGUUUUGUUGGCUUGGUUUAGAAAAGGACAAUGACUAUUGGUUGUUCUUUUUAUUUUGUUUCUUGAUC